AUGACGAGACACACACUGCACAGAGAUGUCGCCUGUGUCUGUGCUUGUUGGUUGUCAAAGCAGCAGAGUAUCGGACUGAAGUAUACUAGCAGCAGGCUUAGACCAAGAAGCAGCCUUCUGAGAACCACAUACUUAGUUCCGCCGAGGCAGCGAUCUCAUGGUGAGAGGAGCGGUGCAGCCGUCUCUUUCACAAGCUCAGACCGCCACCGCUUCCCAAGUCUUAGAGAGAGCAACUUGUGUUCGUAUGAUCUACCCGAGACGCAUGCUUCUGCGUCCUCCUCCACCAUCAACCCUCGCCCUUGCGUCGCUCCACUCGAAUCAGCAUCCACUCUCUUUCUUCCGCCAUCCAGCCGAGCAUCUUGCACCAUCGUUACACUGUCUUUCCUCUUGUACUUCCUGGCCCUGUUUUCGCUUUUCGCUCCCAGCGACACUCUUUUGGUCCGCAAAGCUCCAGCUGAGUUUGCACUAAGCCUAUCCAUAACCGAGUCUUCAACCCGGCAACUAUACCCCUCAAGAAUGCCAAGCCGCCCCGCCGACAAGACUAGUGAAGAUGGCGAGCGUAUUGUUGGUCGGAGCCAAGUCUCCGAGGUCGAACAAGAGGAAGAGGGGAUAGAGGAAGAGGGGAUAGAGGAAUGGGAUCACGGCCUAGAGUUGAUUUCGGUCUACUCGUGCGCUGUGUCUCCUGCCAAUGUGAGCGGUUGGGAUAGCUUUGAUAGUCGAUACACCAUUACCGUGAACACUUUGAAUCGCAAGCAUUUCAGUAGUCCGCGGGAGCAAGAAGAUGCAAGACUGGCUUGGCAAGAGUUGCAGAGGGUCAGCAGUGGUAGCAAGCAGCACCCUCUGCAAGCAUUGCCGAUAACACCUCGUCGCAGUAACAGACCUUUUCCUCUCGCUCCUUCCACCAGUAUCACCCAGACCUUGGACUCGACUCCAUCAACCUUCCAUCUCCGCCCCGGCUGGCAGGUACGUCUACUACCACCAUCUUCGCUCGAUCGCAAACGCGAAAAGUGGUACGUCAACAUGGACGAGAAAAUCAUCCCAACCUACCCUUCCUCUCCCUCGCCUUGCGCUUCUGAGCAUAAGCAUCCGGAUACACCGACUAGCUACAGUACUCCUUAUAGCACUCAUGACUCCAUUUCUCGCACCCCUGUUAGGGGUCCCGAUACCGGCGAUAGCAGCAGUGUGGUGGACGUCGAAGAUGAGCAGAGAAAAGUAAAGAAAGAUUGGCGGUUUUGGAUGAUUUUCACUGCUUUGCUGCUUAUUGCUUUCUGCGCAGCGCUGGACAUGACAAUGAUCAGCACGGCCCUUCCAGCCAUCGUCGGCUCCCUGCCCCCUUCCACUAUCGCAGCAAACUGGAUCACCUCGGCGUUCCUUCUUCCCAUGGUCGCUUCGCAACCUGUCUUUGGCGGGCUUGCAUCUUCGAUCGGACGCAAACGCUCGAUCAACACGGCACUCAUAAUCUUCCUCGUCGGCUCUGUCGUUUGUGCUUGCGCCAAAUCUCUUCUCCUUCUCGUCGUGGGACGUGGAAUCCAAGGCUUGGGCGGAGGAGGAAUCCAUGCGAUGUGCGAGAUUAUCAUGUCCGAUCUGACCACCCUUCGAGAGAGAGGCUUGUUUUUCGGAUUGAUCGCAUUAGUGUUUGCCGUUGCUGGAUUCGUUGCGCCGGUACUGGGUGGUGCGUUCAGUCAGAGUAGUUGGCCUUGGAUCUUCUGGAUUAAUCUUCCCAUUGGAGCUGUUGCUCUAUUGCUCUUGGUGCUGUUCCUCAACAUCAAGGUGCCGCUACUGACGGGGAAGGAAAAGUGGCAGAAGUUGGAUGUGGUUGGAAACACGAUCCUCUUCGGUUCUGUAACUUCGAUUCUGAUUGCAGUUACGGAGGGUGGGAUCAAGUACAAGUGGAGCGAUCAUCGAAUUUGGGUCCCGCUGGUCGCCGGAUUGAUCGGUAUGGUAGCAUUCUUGGCUGUUGAGUGGAUUCCAAAUAGAUUGGCCAGGAAAGCCGUCUUCCCCUUGGACUUGUUCCAGAACAGGACAGCAGCCUUGAGCUACUUGCAAACCUUCAUGCACGGUAUCAUCUUUUACGGCGUCAUUUAUAUGGUCCCCAUCUAUUUCCAAGCUAUCAAAGACCGUACUCCGCUUCAGUCUGCAAUUUGGUCCUUCCCGCUCACAGCGCCAUCAUUCCCCAUUGCUAUGGCCGCCGGAAUCUCGCUUUCUGUGACGGGAAAGUACAAGCUGCUUAUCUUCAUCGGCUGGGCCCUCAUGGCCGGUGGCGUGGGCUGGAUCACACACUGGCGCGUUGCCACCACCAAAGCCGAAUGGGCUCUAUCCCAAAUCGUCGCAGGUGCCGGACUGGGUAUUCUAUUCCCCAUCACCCUUCCUCCAAUCCAAGCUGCUCUUCCAGCACACCGUCUCGAAGCAGCCACUGCCGCCUACGCCUUCACUAGGACGUUUGGUGCCGUAUGGGGAAUCACAGGCGCAACCACAAUCUUCUCCACUACCGCUGCCAAGAAUCUCGGCCCCUAUUAUCCGCAGCUCAACCCACUAGGUCUCAACGACUUUACACUGGUAGCUUACUCCGAACACCUUCGUGAUCUACCCGAACCACUGCAGGGAAUAGUAAAGGAGAUCUAUGCGGAUGCAAUCGCGAAGAGCUACUGGCUGUUCGUUCCACUAGCUAUCAUUGGCUUUGUGACGACAGUGGGCAUCGAGCCGUUGCCCCUGCCGGACUUUAUCAAGAGCGAGGCCAAGAUGGAAAGCAAGGAAGAUGCUAUUCCUGCCUUGGAGGAGGUAGGGAGGAGUGCAGUUGGGGGUACGGUGGGGCAGGCGGAGAUGCCCAGUACCAUGCCUUGA